AUGGGUGAAUAUUAUCCAGCGGACAAUCAAGUGCUCAAGAAAGGUCAACUGUCUGUUGCAUGUGGUAGGGAUAAGGUCGCGAACGAGUAUAGUAUCCAGAAAGGACUAACUAUUGAGUUCAUGGGAAGCACACAGAGUGAAGGUGGCAAGAGCACAUUGCGACACUUUGAGUUUACGGACUGGAACCAGACUGGAAAUGUUCCAUGCAGCACUGCUAACUAUGUCGCAUUUCUGAAAGAUGUCAAAAUGGCAUCGUCCAACGGGCCUGUUCUUGUCCACUGCAGGGAUGGAGGUAGUAAGAGCGGGCUGUUCUGUGUUAUGGCAUUCCUCUUGGAGAAGAUGGCAGUAGAGCACGAGGUCAGUGUGGUUAACGCCGUCAGGAAGGUCAAGGCCAGGAGACCAAACGCCGUUCCCAAUCAGGCACAGUUCGACUUCUGCCAUGAUUGUGUUCUGGAGUUCGUCCGUUCGUUCAAAACAUACUCCAAUUUCGGCGGAAAUAUAUGA